AUGAGCAAUCUUCCAAGGGAAAUAUCAGAAGAGAUCCUCUCUAGGGUUCCAGUGAAAUCUCUUAGAGCAGUUCGAAUCACUUGCAAAACCUGGAACACUCUGUCCAAAGAUGUAACAUUCAUUACGAAGCACGUUGGUCGAGCCAAAGAAGAAGCAGCAAAGAAAAAGGAGAUCAUGGUGAUCAUGAUGAUGAAUUUUAGGGUUUAUUUGAUGCACAUCAACCUCCACAACGACGCUGAACCAUGUAUAAAGCGUGAAGGUAAAUUUAUUACCCUAGAUGAUUCAGAUCACGUCGAUCUAUAUAGAGUCUUCCACAGCGGUGGUUUAUUGUUAAGCAUCAGCAUAGACUCCACCAAACUCGUGGCUUGGAACCCUUAUAGCGGACAAAGUCGUUGGAUCAAGAUUGAGUCUAGUCCUGACCUAAUAGAGAUAUAUAAGUAUGCUCUUGGAUACGAGAAGAGCAACAACUCGUGCCACAACCACAACCACAAAAUCUUGAGGUUUGUUGAUUACCUUCUAGUUUCCGAGUACAAAAUCUAUGACUUUAACUCUGAUUCUUGGAGGCUUGCGGUUAUGUUUAUACGAUAUGACACAUUCACGAUGGAGAUAUGGAUUACAAAUAUGAUUGAGCCAAGCGCGGUGUCUUGGAACAGUAAAGUCUUCUUAGCAGUGGAUUUGAGACUAGCCACUUUCUAUUGCUUUUGUUUUGAGGGAGCGAGUUUCUUCAUUGAUGAGGAGAAGAACUUUGCAGUGGUUCUGGAUAACAACAACGUAGCUUACAUUGUUGGAGUGGAUGGAACCUUGAGAAAAGAGCAUUUCAGAUUAUCUGAAGAACUUUGUGAUACACAUGCGUGCUCUUAUGUUCCAAGUUUAGUACAACUUUAG